AACAGAGUUCAGCUUUUACCAGACUUGAAUGGUUUGAAAACCGUCAUUUAGAUGAACCACAAGAAAUAUUAUUGAAAAGAAAAUUAGACUCUUUUGUUAAUGACAAAGAGUUUUACAAAAGAAUUGAUCUCUAUUAUCUUAAUCUCAAAGAAAUUAAAAAUGAUAAUGAUAUGAGUGCUGCCUUUAGUUCUGUUCCACCGAUUCAAAUAAUUGUUCUUGAAGAUGUUGAUACACAAUCAAAUAUUCUUUAUAAAAGAGGCGUUAGCCACCCAAAUUAUCAUAACUUUAUAUCUGAAGAUUUUAUAAAAGAAAAUGAUGAUCUAUCAAAAUAUAAAGAUUUAUUUUCAUUUAUUAGUUUAUCUAAUUUUCUUGGAU